GAAAAGGGUUUUGGUGCCUAGCUAAGCUAGCUAGCUUCACUGACCUCUGCUGCGAUCUCUCCGGCCUUUCAAUUUCAGUCCAAUUCUUCUCAGUACCUUUAUUUCACCCCCAAUCCCACACCAUACCGGCCACCUACAAUCAGAUCAGAGAUCCAAGGUGGGGUUUAUGUUAAUUUCUCUCUCUGUCAACCCAAUCCAUCAAUCAAUCAAUCAUACCCAACGCAGCCAGGCAUUCAAUUUCAAAAGAACCAAACAUUAUUAUAAUGUCAUUCUCUUCCUCAUCGUCUUCUUCAUUGGACCACCGCUCUCCUCUCCCUCCCUCCGACCAGCUCUGUUAUGUUCAUUGCAACAUCUGCGACACUGUCCUUGCGGUUAGUGUUCCAUGCACGAGUUUGUUCAAGACCGUCACCGUCCGAUGCGGCCAUUGCACCAAUCUCUUGCCUGUCAACAUGCGCGGUUUGAUUCUCCCCUCACCGCCGCCUAAUCAUCACCACCUUCACUCUUUCUUCUCUCCUUCCCAUAACAGCAUUCUGGAUGAAAUUUCCAACUCCAACCCCAAUUUCUUGAUGAUGAAUGUUCAUCAUCAAGCUGCAGCAGCUUCAUCAGCUGAGUUUGUGUUGCCUCUUCGAGCUGCAGGAUUUGAUGAGCUUCCACGCCCACCACCUCUCAUUAACAGACCUCCCGAAAAGAGACAAAGAGUUCCCUCUGCAUACAAUCGAUUCAUCAAGGAAGAAAUACAACGCAUUAAAGCUGGAAAUCCUGACAUCACUCAUAGAGAGGCCUUCAGUGCUGCUGCUAAAAAUUGGGCCCAUUUUCCGCACAUCCAAUUUGGGAUCAUGCCUGAUCAUCAGGCUACUGUCAAGAAGUCUAAUGUGCGACCACAGGAUGGAGAAGAUAUGCUGAUAAAAGAUGGAUUGUUUGCUUCAGCAGAUGUUGGUAUCUCCCCUUACUAGAAGAGACAUCAACCAGAGUGCUACUAUCCACAAUCUCUCUCUCUCUCUCUCUCUAGGUAGCCAAGUGUAUGUUUAGUAUCUUAAUGUAAUCUGUAGCCUUAAUUAAAUAGGGUUAAGAUACCCUUUAAUUACUAUCAAUGAAGAACUUCUAUAUGUGGAUA